CUCUUUCACCAGUUGCUCACAAUUCAUUAGAGCAAAAACCAAAAACAGAGGAAAAUGGUUCUGCUAACACCACCACGAACUCCGGGCCGGGCCACGGCUACGGCGAUAGCGGGCUCGUCAAAGCGACUUAUGGUGAACUUUAUUGGUUCGAUGUCUUUGUUAGCUUUGUGGUUGAAAAAAGCUAGCCGAGGAAUGAAAACCCAAAAACUCGGGGGCGAUUCGCCUAAAUCGCCGUUGGCUAAGCCGAAGAAGUUUUUCGCGACGAUUAGUAACAAGGCGAUUAAUUUGAGGCACAAGAAAAAAGCGGAAGGGGAGCUGGUUGAUGAGGAUUUUGGAGAUGGAGGAUUGUGGCAGAGAGGUAUAUUAAUGGGGGAUAAAUGCCAGCCGUUGGAUUUCUCCGGCGUGAUUUAUUAUGAUAGCAACGGGAAUCGUUUGCCGGAGGUGCCGAUGAGAUCGCCGAGGGCAAGUCCAUUGCCGAGUUAUCUUUACGCUUCACCAAAGUCCGCAGAAGUGAAUUAGAGAAAGUAAGUUUUAAAAAAAAUUUUAGCAUCAGUAUUAGUUGAUGUUCUGCUUAGGUUUCUGGUGGCAUGUAGUUGAAUUUGGAAAAUAUUUAAAUCUUUUUCCUUUUUUUUUUCUUUUUGUUUUUUGCCUUGAUGUCCAGCGGUUUGUUUGGUUUGGGUUAUAGGAGAUAUGGGCACCCUGGACCUGAAAGAUGUGGUGAUAUAUGAGCUAUGCUAAUUUUCCAUUAAUCUUGAAAAACAGUGUAUAAAAAGGUUUUGAAUUUGGUGGAAUAAGCUUAAUUUGAGCUGUUUUUGCUUUGCUGGGAAA